AUAUCAACCUUGACCUCCUUCCAAUCCCAAUUCCCAAACUUUCGCAAGUUCUAGUACUCCUAGUCUUGUAUUUUACUUUACACACUCUCCCAUUUCUCUUCCUCUUUCAUUUUCUCUCUCCUCCUUCGUAAGCACCUCGUCCACCACCCAACCCUUCAUUUUCUCUCACCGUCAAAGGCGGAAAUCCAAAUCCUCUCGAAGAUGUUGAGGGUGGCGGCAAGGCGCCUCUCUUCUCUCUCCUCUUCUUCAUGGCGUCCCGCCGCCUCAUCCUCUGUCGUCUCCAAAUCUCCUCUUUCUCGCGACGACCAGGAGUCCAGAUCUACCCCCUUGUUCUUACCCCAUUAUUAUACCCACCUUCGAGGAUUUGCUACUGAGAAUCUCGUCCCAAAAGCUGAACAUGGCAUUAUCCCUGAUGUUCCAGCUACUGUGGCUGCUAUUAAGAAUCCCUCAUCAAAAAUCACCUAUGAUGAAUACAACCAUGAACGAUAUCCUCCUGGUGAUCCCAGCAAGAGAGCAUUUGCUUAUUUUGUUCUCACUGGUGGAAGAUUCGUCUAUGCUUCACUUGUCCGUCUGCUUGUCCUUAAGUUUGUGCUGAGUAUGUCUGCCAGUAAGGAUGUCCUUGCUCUGGCAUCACUUGAGGUUGAUCUCUCAAGCAUUGAACCAGGCACUACUGUGACUGUGAAGUGGCGUGGAAAGCCUGUCUUCAUCAGGCGUCGAACUGAUGACGACAUCAAGCUGGCUAAUAGUGUUGAUCUUGGUUCCCUUCGUGACCCACAGAAGGAUGAAGAAAGAGUUAAGGACCCUGAAUGGCUUGUUGUGAUUGGUGUCUGCACUCAUUUGGGUUGCAUUCCUUUGCCAAAUGCUGGAGACUAUGGUGGAUGGUUUUGUCCUUGCCAUGGUUCUCACUAUGACAUAUCUGGUAGAAUUCGGAAGGGUCCUGCACCUUAUAAUCUUGAGGUACCAACUUACUCUUUCUUGGAAGAGAACAAAUUGCUAAUUGGUUAAGGAGUGAGAUGGUGAAAGCCACUUAAGCCACAGGGAUGAUGGCGAUAUCUAGAAUUCUUUUUGGUUUUCCUUUAGCUAUAAAACUUGGAUAUCAGAAUAUUCUGAGACAUUUCCAGAUAAAUUUAUUUUGCUAUAAGCAUGCCAAAAAAUGCUUGUGUAAUUUUGAGUUUGUAAUUUUAACUGGUUGAGUUGAUGUUGUCGAAUAAUCUGCUGGGCAACUUGCUUAGUAUAAAUUUUUGCUGCUAGUUACCAUCCUGCAUACAAUA